AUGAAAUUGAAAGAGAAGCAUUGUCGGUAUGCUCCAAACCAAGAUAUUUCUCCCAAGCACCAUAAACACCUCACCUCUGAUAAUGACUGGAUACAAUAUCUGAAUUCUGAAGGCGAACUUACCAACAAAAAAGGGACAUCGGGCGAAGGUGAACUUAAGAUGGAAAGACACCAGGCGAAUGUGAACUCCGGAGAAAAGAGAAAGUCGAGUGAAGAUGAACCUUACAAAGAAGAAAGACCAACCGAAGAGGACUCUUGGAAAAAGAACUUACUGGGAAUUCACGUUUGUAUUGAACCCAAAUAG